AUGGGCGAUUUGCAGACUUUGCGGAAGAAGCAGGAGAUCCUGCUGAACAAGCUGGAGGUGCUGAACCAGUUCGUCGAGCACUACAAGGCGGAAGAACACGAGUGCCAGCUGGAAGUUCGACUCGGAAUGCUGAACGACGUUUACCUGGAGUUUACGAACCUACGGACGAAGCUGGAGUUGCUGCUGGAAGAAAAGGAUGCGGCCAAGUACGCAGAUGCGGAGCCGAAGGUCAAGCAGGAGGUCGUGUCACAUCGUGAAGAGGCCAAUCUACAGGUGGUACAGGAGUUCGACAACAAAUUCUGCAAGGUCAAGGCGAUGCUGAUUGCGAAGCGGCCGGUCAAGGACGUCGCGCAGACAGCUCCAAGUGUUGGUGAUGCGGAUACCUCGUUUCCGUUGCGCGUCAAGCUGCCUGACAUUCAUCUGCCGAACUUCAGCGGAAAUCUGCGCGAGUGGGUGACCUUCCGUGACACCUUCAAGAGUCUCAUCCACCGGAACUCGAAGCUGACAUCGAUGGACAAGUUCACCUACCUCCAAUCGUCUCUUUCUGGUCCUGCGUUGUUGGAGAUCAGUGGCAUCGAUCUGUCGGAAGAAAACUACUCCGUCGCGUGGUCCGCGCUGGAGGAGGAGUACGGAAACAAGAAGCUGAUCGUGAAAGCCCACCUCGAUGUCAUUCUGGAUCUGGAACCGCUGACCAAGGAGUCGUACGACGGUCUCAGCCACCUGCUCGGUGAGUUUGAGAAAAAUCUGCAGAUGCUGGACAAGAUGGGCGAAAAUACUGCCAACUGGAGUACGGUUAUGGCGCACGUCCUGUGCUCAAAGCUGGACUCGGCCACGCUUAGGAAUUGGGAGACCCACCACAACAGCAAGGAAGUCCCAACCUACAAGGCUCUACUGGAGUACCUGCGCGGCCACUGUUCGGUUCUACAGUCGAUCAAACGAGCGAAAGCGAAAUCGUCGGAGCAGCGCCCUCCGAAAGCAGCAGUCUGUCAUACUGCUGUGCGGAGCAGCAACCAGUGUCACUUUUGCAGCGGCCCGUGGCACACCCCGUUCCGGUGCUUCAAGUUUCAGAAGAUGACGAUCUCGGAGCGCAACGACGCUGUUUCGAGAAACAAGCUGUGCAGAAACUGCCUGAAGCCUGGACAUAACCCGCGGAUGUGCGAAGGAGGAACUUGCCACCACUGUCACCAGAAACAUCACUCGAUGCUGCACAACGAUCAGAUGAGAUCCUCCGUUCCACAACAGCAGUCGAGACCAACCGCGACGACCUCAGUACAGCGACAAAAACCCAGACCACAGAACACGAAUCAGACAACACACACUCCAGCCAACAAUGCACCUGCUAAUCCGACUAACCUACAGACUACAGACUCUCAAGCCACACAGCCACAAACCACUAGCCAAAACUACGUUGCACUACCCGUCACGCCCACACACAACAUCAUCCUGUCAACCGCGCUCAUCCGGAUUAAAGACCGCUUCGGAAACACGCUGCUAGCGCGUGCGCUUCUUGACUCGUGCUCACAGCACUGUCUGAUGACCAGAGAAUUCUCGCGAAGACUCAAAUUCGAGCGACAAUCGUCGUAUUUGCCGAUCCAAGGGAUCGGAACUUCCCGUUGUGUGUCGACUCAGCUCGUGUGUGCAGAUGUCGGUCCGCGUUCCGAUCAGAUUUCAGCGUACGAGUCGGAGAUGCAGUUCCACGUCCUGCCCAAGCUCAACAUCUCGUUGCCGACGUCGUACAUCGACCCGUCUACAAUUCAGCUGCCCGACUGGAUGUUCCUGGCUGAUCCGGAGUUCCACAAAACCGGUCCAGUGGACGUCAUUAUCGGUGCCGAGUUCUACAUGGACUUGCUGACGGACGAACGGGUGAAACCAGCUGCAGACGGUCCCACGCUGCACAACACGGUGUUCGGUUGGAUUAUUUCCGGUCGGCUUCCCGGCAGCGUUCCAGAAUCGACGUCUCUCGUAUCCGUCGCGGCAAUCGACGAGCUGCUGACCAGAUUUUGGGAACUGGAAACGUGCCGCACCAAGAGCACGCACUCGAUCGAAGAAUCCACGUGCGAGCAGCUGUUCGAAGAGACGACGGUUCGUGACGAAACUGGCAGAUUUGUUGUGACGCUGCCCAAAAAGAAGUACGCUGUCCAGCGCCUCGGUGAGUCCAGAUCAACAGCCAUCAAACGCUUCCUGGGACUGGAGAAGCGGCUGUCAGCGAAUCCAAACCUGAAACAACAGUACAGUGAUUUUAUUCACGAGUACGAGGCCAUGGGACACAUGAAACGGGUUGCCGGCGACACGGCCGGGGGAGAGUUAGCGUAUUACCUGCCACACCACUGCGUCUUGAGGCCGGACAGCACCACUACGAAGCUCCGCGUGGUGUUUGAUGCUUCGUGUCGCACGUCUACCGGAGUUGCUCUGAACGAUGCGCUCAUGGUGGGACCAGUUGUGCAGGACGAUUUACUGGACAUUGCGCUACGCUUUCGACUCCACGCUGUUGCCAUCGUCGCUGACAUCGCCAAGAUGUACCGUAUGAUUCGCGUCCAGCCUGACGACCAGAGACUGCAGAGAAUCGUUUGGAGAGACAAUGCUGACGAACCCAUCCGAAUCUACGAGCUGACAACUGUCACGUACGGAACGGCGUCUGCGCCGUAUUUAGCGACCAAGUGCUUGCAAAAACUCGGUGAGAUCGGAGAAAAGACGCACCCAUCCGCUGCCAAGGUCCUCAAACGAGACUUCUACGUUGACGACAUGCUGGCAGGUGCGCACACAGUCGCAGAAGGAAAAGAGCUGGUCGCCGAAAUGGUCGAUCUGAUGGAAUCUGGCGGAUUCUCGUUGCGAAAGUGGCAUUCAAACUCUCGAGACAUCCUGCUCGACGUCCCGGAACAUCUUCGCGACGAACGGACUCUGCUUGAACUGGACACGUCUGACGCAACCGUCAAGACGCUCGGGCUCGUCUGGGAGCCCAGUACGGACUGUUUCCGUUUCAGAUCGCCAAAGUGGAACGACGUUGCAGUGAUCACGAAGCGUGUCGUGGCCUCAGACAUGGCCAUGAUCUUCGACCCGUACGGGUUGAUCGGUCCUGUCGUCGUCCAAGCGAAAAUCUUCGUGCAGAAGCUGUGGCGCAUGGAACUGGACUGGGACGCCGCUCUGCCAGAAGAUCUGCAGGAGUACUGGCGAGAAUACCGCAGAAAUCUAGCCGGUCUGGACAGCCUGUCAAUACCCCGCUGGAUUGGCACAGGUGCUGAUGACCGGAAUGUGCAGCUUCACGGGUUCUGCGACGCUUCAGUCAACGCUUACGGUGCGUGCAUCUACAUCCGAACCGUUUCGACCAACGACGACGUCACCGUCCGCUUGCUGGCUUCCAAAUCCCGCAUCGCACCGCUCGAGAACCUGAAGAAGAAGAAGCGUAAGCAGUCGAUUCCCCGCCUGGAGCUGGCGUCCGCUCUGCUGCUGGCGCAUCUGUACGAGAAAGUGGCCAACGCCAUCAACUUCCGAGGCAAAGCAUUCUUCUGGACGGAUUCCAUGAUCGUACGCUGCUGGCUUGCGUCUCUGCCGUCCAGAUGGAACCAGUUCGUGGCCAACCGUGUGUCCGAGAUUCAACAUCUGACGGAGAGCGGAUCUUGGGACCAUGUGCCCGGAUUAGAGAACCCAGCUGACAUCAUUUCUCGCGGCAUGACGCCGAUGCAGCUGCAGUACUCAAAGCUCUGGUUCAACGGUCCUGAUUGGCUGAGUCUCGACCACCAGCACUGGCCGCACGCUCAAGUGCCGAACGCAGCAGACUUCGACCACGAAGAACUGGAGGAACACAACGCUGUCGCUGCAGUUGCACAAGACGCCGAGCCCUGCAGACUGUUCACAGCGAAUUCGUCGUACACCGUGACAAUACGGACGACCGCUGUAAUCUGUCGCUUCUGUUUCAACAGCCGUGCGGCGAACAAGCACUGUCGCAGAGUUGGUCCGUUGACGGCUGAAGAGCUCGAGGUCGCUUUGAAGAAGCUGGUGCGCCUCGCUCAACGAGAAUGCUUCCCGGAAGAGUACGAUGCUUUGUCCAGAGAUCGCGCGAUUCCAAGCAACUCCCGCAUUGCUGCGCUGAACCCAAGAAUCGUCGAUGGAAUCCUGUGCGUCGGCGGCCGGUUGCAGCACGCCGCAGUCUCGGACAACCGGAAGCAUCCGUACAUUCUCGACCAUCGUCAUCCGUUCACGAAGCUUAUCGUCACACACUAUCACGAGACCAUGUUUCACGCUGGACAACAACUGUUGAUCUCUGCUGUGCGUGAGCGGUUCUGGCCGAUUAACAUCCGCAACCUCGUUCGCGAGGUGAUCCACAAGUGUGUCGAUUGCUUCCGUGUCAAGCCGAAGGUUCUGGACCAGCUCAUGGCGGAUCUGCCGCCCGAACGAGUCACUCCGUGCACACCGUUCGCACGAGUCGGAGUUGACUACUGCGGACCUUUUCAGGUCGCGUACCCGCAGCGCCGAGCUCGCCCAGUGAAGUGCUUCGUUGCCAUCUUCGUCUGCCUGGUCACCAAAGCUGUUCACCUAGAACUAGCAGCAGACUUAACGACGCAGGCAUUUCUGGCGGCCCUCAAACGGUUCACUGCCCGGCGUGGCAAACCGAAGCUGGUCAUGUGUGACAACGCCAAGAACUUCGUCGGCGCAAGACGUGAGCUGAGCGAACUCGCCAAGCUGUUCCUAAGUCAGCAGUUCGAAGAGGAGAUUAUCCACGAAACAGCGAACGACAACAUCGAGUUCAAGUUCAUUCCCGCCCGCUCGCCGAACUUCGGCGGCCUCUGGGAGUCCGCGGUGAAGAGCUUCAAGUUGUUGUUCAAACGCACGAUCGGGUUGCACACCCUGUUGUAUGACGAGUUCCAGACUGUGCUGGUUCAGAUCGAAGCGAUCCUCAACUCGCGACCGCUCACGCCGCUCAGCAACGACCCCGCAGACUUUGAAGCGCUGACCCCAGGUCACUUCCUGAUCCAGCGUCCACUCACUGCGAUUCCAGAACCAAACCUCGACCACAUUCCCGAGAACAGACUGUCGGCCUGGCAAACCGUCCAGCGUUACACGCAGCAGCUCUGGAAGAAGUGGUCCAACCUCUACCUGUCGGACCUGCACAACCGCACGAAGUGGACAAAGCAAAAAGACAACGUUGCUGUCGGAACCAUGGUCCUGCUGAAGGACGAGAACCUCCCGCCGUUGAAGUGGCAGCUCGGACGCGUUUCCGAUAUCCACCCGGGAGCUGACGGCAACAUCCGUGUCGUCACGGUGCGCACAAAGGACGGCAGCUAUCAGCGCGCGAUCUCUAAGAUCUGCAUUCUGCCGAUCCGUGACAAUCUUUCUAACGCGCAAGGGGGGAGAACUAGGACUCCUCCAACGGCGGAGGUCGAAAGGCCUCCGCACACCAGUUAA